AAGCAGUGCAAGGUCUGAUGGGAAUGGGCAUGACACCUGCCCUCCUAACUACUAUGGACCAGAGUGUCAAGUGUUCUGCAAGGCAGAAGACAGUUGUGAGGGAGGGCACUAUACAUGUAAUGCAACGACUGGUGCCAAGGUGUGUAAAGAUGGGUGGGACCUGCCAGAACUGAAUUGUAAUCUGAAAAUCAUUCCUAAGCCUAUAGAUGAAGAUUGUCCAGAUACAGGAACAACUUGUGGGGCUGGUCAGUGCCACAAUAAAUCCUGCUGUUGUUUCGAAAACUGGACUGGACCAACUUGUGAUAUACCAAUAGAUUGUUCCAAUAACCAAUGUGGUAAUGGUUCAACAUGUGUAACAGUCCCUGAUGGAUAUCAAUGUCUCUGUGGACCACACUACUAUGGUUCCUUUUGUAACAUUUACUGUAAACCAGCUGACGACUGUCAAAAUGGUCACUAUACAUGUGACAGUAUAUCAGGUGCAAAGGAUUGCCUUGAAGGCUGGGAGACUCCUGAAAUCAAUUGUACAGUUAGAAUCAUACCGCCACCACUUGAUACUGAGUGUCCCCAUGAGCAUGUCUGUGUUAAUGGUCAAUGCCAUAAGAAAUCAUGUUGUUGUCUCAGUGGAUGGACAGGGCAAUUUUGUGAGAUGCCUAUCAAUGAAUGUUUGAGUGAGCCAUGCCAAAAUCAGGGCACAUGUAGGAAAAAUAUUGGAAUAGGUUACGAGUGUAUGUGUCUUCCAAAUUAUUAUGGUAGGAACUGUGAAACUCUAUGUAAAUCUGCAAAUGACUGCAUACAUGGACAUUAUGAGUGUAACACAACCACUGGUGAGAAAAUAUGUCUCGAUGGUUGGGCUUUGCCAAAUAUAAACUGUACAUUAAGGACAGUUCCUCCAAUUAUAGACCCUGAAUGUCCAGAAAAUGGUGUUUGUGUUGGGGGACAGUGCCAUAAAAACCAAUGCUGUUGCUUUGAUCAGUGGACUGGGGACUUUUGUGACAUCAGAAGAACCUCAUGUACAAGCAAUCCUUGUAAGAACGAUGGGACAUGUAUCUCAACUGAUGAGGGUUAUACAUGCAUUUGCCAUCCUGAAUAUACAGGAACCCAAUGUGAAACAUAUGAUCCAAAAUGCCCACCAAAUUACUACAAUCCGCCUGCUUGCAAUGUGUACUGUCUUGCUGCAGAUGAUUGUGAGAGAGGUCAUUAUACAUGUGACCCAAAUACUGGAGCAAUAGUUUGUCUUCCAGGAUAUUCAAGCCCUCAAAAUAAUUGUAAAAUUAAAACAAUCCCUCCAUCAUCCGAUCCAGAUUGUCCAGCUGACUCCCCAUGUGGUAAUGGAAGGUGCUACAGACAAGGAUGUUGUUGCAAUGAACACUACACUGGACCUCGAUGUAUAGCACUUAUAGAUUACUGUCUAAGUCAACCUUGUUUCAAUGGUGGCAUAUGUAGCUCUAUGGUUGGAUCAUACAUUUGUACAUGCCCAAGAUUUUACACUGGGAUACACUGCGAAACAUAUGAUCCACAAUGUCCACCAAACUACUACAAUUUACCUGGUUGUAAUGUGUUCUGUCUUGCUGCCGAUGAUUGUAAUAGAGGUCAUUAUAUAUGCAACCCAAAUACUGGGGCAAAGGUAUGCCUUCCUGGGUAUACCUAUCCUGAGAUGGAGUGCAAAAUAAAGACAACACCUCCACCAACUGACCCAGACUGUCCAAGGGACUCUCCUUGCAUUCAUGGGAGAUGUUAUAAAGGAGGUUGUUGCUGUGAUGAACAUUACACUGGACAUCGGUGUGAAACCUACAUUAAUUAUUGUACAAGUCAACCUUGUUUCAAUGGAGGAACAUGUAAUUCUAUGGUGGGUGGGUUCAUAUGUUCAUGUUUGAAGGACUUCACUGGGAUUCAUUGUGAAACAUACCAGCCACAAUGUCCAUUGAAUUACUACAAUCCCCCAGCUUGCAAUGUGCACUGUCUUGCAGCAGAUGAUUGUGAUAGAGGCCAUUAUACAUGUAAUCCUAAUACAGGAACUAAGGUAUGUCUGGAUUCAUACACUAGCCCUGAUUUUGACUGUAAAAUAAAAACGAUUCCUCCACCAGUAGACCCAGACUGCCCUAGGGACUCUCCUUGCGUUUAUGGGAGAUGUUACAGAGAAGGUUGUUGCUGUGAUAAUUAUUACACUGGAGACAGAUGCGAGACCUUCAUAGAUUAUUGUGCAAGUAGUCCAUGUAAAAAUGGGGGAACAUGUAAUCCAAAAGUGGGAGGCUAUACAUGUAACUGUUGCCAAAACUUUGAAGGAACAGACUGUGAGACAUACAUUCAUAGAUGUCCACCUGGGCAUUAUGGCCAUCUAUGUGAAAUAUUCUGCCAGCCCCAGAAUGACUGCUCUGGGCAUUACACAUGCGACUGUCAAACAGGGUAUAAGAAAUGUAUUGUUGGCUGGAUGAGACCAGAAUAUAACUGCAUUGUAAAGGUGAUCCCACCAGAUUCUGAUAUAGAAUGUCCAGUGAGAGGACCAUGUUUGAAUGGAGGGGCUUGUUUUCAAAACAGAUGUUGUUGCACUCAAAAUUUUAGAGGGGAUGAAUGUGAGAUAGAAAAGCAACCAUGUGAAAGACAUGAAUGUCAAAAUGGAGCCACAUGUCUCAAUCUCACACCUGGCUUGGAUGGGAUCUACAAGUGCAUAUGUACUCCUCGAUGGACUGGUGUUUAUUGUGACAUUUGGAUGUUGAGAAAGUAGGUUGGACCAUGAAAGAUUAUUUUUUAAUCAACAAUUAAAUAUACAAGUUGUGAGAUGGACAACC